AGAGCGAACGGCAUGUAUCCCACGCCGCUACAGGAAAGUUAAAAUAUAACACUCUGCAGUCUCCUCCCAGGGCUUAUAAACACAACAGGCAAGUCUGUCAAAUUAGCCGGCCACACCUAGGUUAGCUCCUUCCCUCUAGGCAGGUAGCAUUCAUCCCUCUGAUCAGCCGAGAGCUCACCUGUCUCAGGGAGGGAGGUUAGCAGGCUGCACUGGAAAGCCCCUUCCAGUGGCAAGAACCGGGGAGUCUGAGGUGGUGCAGGUGAAAGGACAAAGAUGUCGUCGGCGGCUGCUGCAGUCUCCUUGCCUACCGGCUUCUCGGUCCUGACGACGUUUCCUGAUCUCCUCUUUAUCCCCGAAUUUGUCUUUGGAGGCCUUGUCUGGAUUCUGGUGGCCUCAACCAGGGUAGCUUAUCACUUACUGCAAGGCUGGGUUAUGUUUGUUUCCGUGUUCUGCUUCACAUUGUCAACUCUUCUCAUGUGCCUCUAUUUCUGCGGCGCUCAUGGUGGAAAAUCUUCCUGGAUUGCAGUGGAUGCUUUCUACCAUUCAAUGGCUGCUCUGUUUUACCUGAGUGCUGCUGUUUUACAAGCCUUUGCCACCAUCCUAGCCCAUGACGCUGGCGUAUUGAAAACUUACCAGGAAGACAUUGCAGCAGUGGUAUUUGCAUUUUUAGCCACCUUAAUGUACGUGAUUCAUAAAGGGUUCUCUCUGCUGAGAUGGAAAUCAUCAUAAAACCUCCAGAACUUCCCCUAAGGAAUCCAUCUUGAGCAUUCUUCUCAGUUAUGAUACAAGCAUACGUCAUUAAAUGGUUGCUCAUUUUACACCGGUAUACUUUGAUGUACAGACUACUAUACACUGCUUUGUACUUGGUAACAUGACAACGAAGAAAAAACAUCAGCCUGGAGAUAUCUAUUUUUCAGCAAAAUGGUUUCUUUUUGGUGUCUUCUAAGUCAGACACAGUUUUGUUGUAGGGAACUGGGAACCUGCUUUACUUCUCUCUGUUUUGUCCUAUCUCCCGGGACUGGGCCAGCUGUUGGAAUGAAUCCAGGGCAUCUCCCAAUCCCCUGUCAGUGAAGGGAGCCUCAGGCUUUGGUGGAACUUUGGUCUCAACGGUUUUGCCUCCUGAGGACUGGUAUGCUUUAGUCUAACUAAAGUCUUUGGGCUUAAUAUCGGGGUAUCUGGGUGAAAAUUAAUUGGCCUGGAAAAUUCAGGGAGGUCAGACUAGAUGAUCUAAUCUCUGGUGGCCUCAAAUUCUAUGAAACUUUCAAAGGAAAGCCUCCCAGCUGAGUAACUUGAUUCAUUCCUGGGGUCUACAAAUGAAACCAUCAUUCUCCAUUGGCCCAUCUCUUUGCCUUCCUCUCUCUUUCAGGUGACUUCCUUGGGGAUUGUUUAAUUUUACAUAAACUACAUGGAGAGUAGCUCAAAUGGGCCCCGAUCCUGCAUUUAGCUCCAUGCAGAGCUCUCCUGACUUCAUGGGGGCUCUGCAAAGCUGCAGGGAUCUGCUUGUAGGGUCAGGGCCAUAUUCUGUAGCAGCUGUCAAAGAAAGUAGAUAGUGUCUGUUGGCUCUUUAGGCAAGACAGCCAGAAAAACAAGUGACAUGUUCUGUCAUUUUCUCAACACUGCGAGCGAGAGUGGAGAAGAAGCAGAUACAUGAAUUGGUAAAAUUCACCAUGUUGAACAGAAUAAUUUAAACUGCGUCAGCAUUUUUAAGGUCACAAAUACGUAUACGGGCUGCUCUGACACACUGAUGCCAACAGGCCAAUUGCCACUGACUUCAAUGGAAGCAGGAGCAAGGUCUAACUACUCAGAACCCUGACACGCUGAAAGGUACAUGCCACAUUUUCACACUUAGCUGCCUAAUGUUAGACACCUGAAGCUGUAUUUGGGCGCUUAAUUUUAGGCACCUGACUUUGAAUAUUUUAACCAAAAUAUUUUCUCUUCUGGAUCCAGACAGCAGCAGGCCCAGUACAAAAUCUCCUGGCACAUAGAAACACAGCUCUGGGAUUUAUUCAUCGUUAGGCUUUUCCUUAACAUCUAGCGUGACAGAACAGUAUUUCAGGCAGUGACUGUCAACGUUCUCUUCACCUUGCGAUGAGAAACCGGAACAACUAGUCUGCUUUCCUGGGGGGAUAUGUGAAUUUUUGCAAACUUUAAGGAUAUUCUUGAAUUAAGAGAGCAAAUUAUACAUCUCAAGAAUUACUGUUGUCUUAGUCAGAUGAGGGAAGAUUAUUUAGAUGGUGUGCUGUGUAGUCUGUAAACUAACUUUAAAAUAUUGAUCAGCGCAAUAGGGAUAAUAAACUAUUCUCAAACAAAUUGUUUGGUUUGUUCAUUAGGAAGAAUCCAAAAAGAAAAUCUUUUGAAAUAUACAAAUACUUCAUAGCGAAUAAAAAAAAAUCUUUGCCAUGGAUUUUCCAAAA